CAAAAAAAAAGAGAGGGAUUGUUUGUAAAUUUGUAAUUGCAUUGCAUUCUUGGCCACUGUCUCAUCCAUUAAGCAAUCAUAAAAAAAUAUAGAAAUAUCUAAAAGUUUUUUUUUCCUACGCAAUUCUACGCGAUUUGUUAUUUUGAUCCAGAAAAAAAACAUUAAUUCAUUUCUCAUUUUUUGUUGUUGUUUCAUAUUCAUAUAAUUUUGCAAAUAAACAAUGGGUGCUACACAUCACGAAAGUUUACUUCCAUUGAAAAUGGGUGUAUAUGCAACUAACUUCAUGCUUUGGAGUUUAGGUGUCGUAUUAUUGGCCAUUUGUAUAUGGAUACGUUCAGAUUCAGCAUUAUGGGCAUAUAGUGAUAAUAUGGACAUUUAUCGUUAUUAUCAAGCUACCUAUAUAUGUUUAGCAAUCAGUGCUUUAAUUUUGGUUUUAGCAUUUCUUGGUUGUUUAAGUGCAGCACAUGAAUUUAAAUACCUAAUGCUUUUCUAUUGUAUAAUGUCAGGUAUAUUGAUUAUAUUGGAAAUUGCAGCCGCUAUACUUGUUUGGCGAAUACCUGGCGGUGAUGCUUUACAAUAUCAUCUUGGUGAUGAAUUUAAAUGGCAUAUGGAACAACGACUUUAUAAUACAAAAUCAAGACAAUUUCUUGAUCUUAUUCAAUUAAAAUUAGAAUGUUGUGGUGCACAAACUAUGUUGGAUUAUCGAAAAAUGUAUCAAGAUAUACCGGCUUCUUGUAAUUCACCACGUACAAAUAAUAUUAAUAUUCGGAGCUGUGCUGAAAUGUUACGACGAUAUCUGGAAAAACGUGGUGGUGCUGUUGGUGGUAUUGUUUGUUCAUUGAUUCUUGUUGAAUUUGGAUCAUUGUUAUUCUCAUUUUUGCUACUACGACAAAGUGAAGAACAUAAAAAUGAAAUGAGACAUUAUGAUUAUCGAUAAACACACACACACAUUGCACACAACAUU